CAGGAAAGUUAAAAGUUCAUGUCAAGACACACACUUGAUGCAUAUUAAUAUUGGUGUUAUAGCGACGGAUUUCAACACUUUUAUGGCAAAACAUGAGUAAAUUUCUAGCAGGAAGGCCGGCGACGCUACAAGAAAGCCAAAAGUUCGAGAGAGAUUUGGCAGAGCGUCUUGUUAAGGCAGUUAACACUACGGAAAAUGCAGUGAAAGAAAAGCAUAUGAGAAGCACUAUAAUCGGCACUUGGCAAGAAAAUGGCUCCAAAACAUUUUGGAUGUGUCUUCGUAGGAUGCACAUCUCAGCAAAUGCAAUCAUGUGUUGGAAAGCCAUGACAGUUGUUUAUAAAUUGCUCAGAGAGGGCCAUCCAAAGGUUUUAAAAGAGUCUGCAGCUCACAAAGUGACAUUUGCAGAUUUAUCUAAUUAUUGGAAACACUCACCAGAUGGGAGUUACGGCAAGCUCUCCUACUUGUAUAUAAUAAUAAUUAUGAAAAAAUUAGAUUUCCAUGCCAAGCAUGAAUAUAUUCCUGGAAAUAUCCAACCGAGCAGUGCAGAUACAAUAAAACAUCCAACCAGAGAUCGUAAUUAUUUUUUUGAAUUAGCCAUAGAUAUUUUUGAUCAAUUGGACAGCUGUUUAGAUCUAUUUGAUGCAGUGUCCAAAAGUCUCAACCCAUAUAAGUCAAAUUCCCAAAUUCAAGCUGUGCAAUGCAGAAUCUGUCCCUUUCCUAUGUUGAUACAGGAAUGCAGUGCAUUUUACAAUUUAUCUGUUGAAAUCAUGUAUAAACUACACAGAAAGCUCACACAUGAUAUGUUGAGUGGACAUCGCAACAGGUUCUACCCAAUGUUUCGACGACUUCAGAAGUUUUUCUUUGAUGCAGGAGCUCUGAGUUAUGUCACAGCGUUGAUUAGUGUACCCAAGUUACCUAACGAAGCGCCAACGUUUGUUGGUGCAGAACCAAAACCAGUUGAAGCUCCAAAACCUGUUAAACAAGUCGAAGACGAACUGCCUCCGCCACGACCAGAAAAACCAGCUGAACUCCUUGCAUUAAACAGCGCUCCACAAGAAGAUGAAAGGGAUAAGUUGAUUGAACAGUUAAGGGCUAAAAUUAAACAUCUUGAGGAAAUUCUUUUUUAUGAAAAACGGAAGUCAAAGGAAAUGGAGGAUGCCUUACGAAUACGAAUAUCAGAGCUGGGCGCGGAACUCGUUGAACUGCGAGAAGCUUCAGAACAAAUGUCAAAAGAAAACAACGACUUGCAAUCCAGACUUCAGGAGGAAAUGAAACUGGCGGAGCAGGGCAAACCUGCUGAAGAAAAUUUAAUAAAAUAA